AUGGUUUAUGCCAUAAUGGAAAUUAAUGCCUCUGAUUAUCUUCUGCCAAAUGUGACCCUGGGUUUCACCCUCUAUGAUUCUUGCUACCAUGAGGUGCGGUCAUUAACUGGAGCAAGAUGGAUUUUAUCAGGAAGUAAAAAUGGUGUUCCAAAUUUUAAUUGCAAAAAGGGUAUUAUGCCAUUGGGUAUUAUUGGUGACAUGCCUUCUAAGGCCUCAAUACCUGUUGCCAGGAUUUUGGGAUUGUACAGAUAUCCACAGGUUAGCUAUGCUUCAGCUACACCUUUACUGAGUGAUAAAACACAGUUCCCAUCCUUCCUCAGGACAAUACAUAACAGUUACUAUGAAGGUUUUAUCAUUGCUGACUUGUUGAAGUAUUUUAACUGGACGUGGGUGGGGAUAAUAGUUUCAGAUAAUGACUUGGGGAGAACAGGUCUUCAAAUAGUAACAAGAGAGCAUGAAAAAAAUGGUGGAUGCAUUGCUUUUCAAGAGAUACUUCCUAUAUUUCCCUCCACGGAGUCUGUUCACCGCAUUGUUGAUGUUGUUAAAACUUCCAGAGCAACAGUGAUAGUUUUAUUUUGCACCACAGAAAACCUUGUCUCUUUAAUGGAACAAACUUCUUUUCACAAUAUCACUGACAAAGUGUGGCUGGGAACCCCUGGCUGGUCCAUUACUUCGGAUUUCCCUAGAAGAGACAUUUUAACAACCUUAAAUGGCAGCCUUGGAUUAGCAACUCAAAAUGGGAAAAUACCAGGAUUUAAGGAAUUUCUUCAUAGCAUCCAUCCUUCCAUAUAUGCAAGUGAUCCUUUCAUGAAAACAUUUUGGGAGAAUGCUUUUCACUGUGUUUGGCCAGGAAAUGAUGCCUACAAUAAUACAGCCCCAGCACUGCUUAGAGAUGGCACUGUUAGUUGCACAGGAAAGGAGAGGCUGGACAGUAUUGAUCCCAAUAUAUAUGAUGUCUAUAACUUUAAAUAUACACACAGAACACAUAAUGCAGUCUUUGCAGUAGCUCAUGCUUUGCAUGAGAUGAAGAACUGUGUUCCAGGGAAAGGUCCUUUCAAGAAUGGAUCUUGUGCUGAUAUUUAUAACCAUCAGCCUUGGCAGCUGCUUCAUUACAUCAAGAGAGUGGACUUCAAAAACACUGCAGGGGAACGAAUAUUUUUUGAUGAGAAUGGGGAUGUCCCUAUCUAUGUGGAUAUACUGAAUUGGCAGCUGUUCCCUAAUGGAAGUAAUCAGUAUGUCUAUAUUGGCAGCAUUGACGCUGGAGCUCCAAAGGGUCAGCAAUUCAAUAUUCAGCUAAACAAGAUUCUAUGGAAUGCAGGAAACAAUGAAGUCCCUGUUUCAGUCUGCAGUGAUCCAUGUCCAAAAGGCUACAGAAGAGCUGUAAUUCUAGGGCAGAAGGACUGCUGCUUUGAUUGCCUACCAUGUUCUCAAGGGGAGAUUCUCAACCCAAAUGAUAACAGUGAAUGCUUCAGGUGCCCAGAAGAUAAAUGGCCUGACAGCAGAAAUGAAGAGUGCCUACUGAAACCCAUUCAAUUUCUUUCCUAUGAAGAGACAUUGGGUUCCACUUUAGCUUGUAUUUCAAUCUUCUUUUGUCUCCUUACAUUUUCUGUGUUCUUCCUGUUCAUAAUAAAAUGGAAGACUCCCAUAGUAAAGGCAAAUAACAGAGAACUCAGUUACCUACUUCUCAUCUCCCUUAUGUUUGCCUUCCUGUGUCCCCUGACAUUCAUUGGUAGACCCAACCAGAUCACAUGUAUGAUACGCCAGGUCAUGUUUGCUGUCAUUUUUUCACUUUGCAUUUCUGCCAUAUUAGCAAAGACUAUCACUGUCAUAAUGAUAUUUAAUGCUACAAAUCCAGACAGUAAAAUUAUAAAAUUAGUAGGGUUUAGAAUUCCUGUCUAUAUUGUCCCUGGGUGCACAAUGAUUCAGAUAAUGUUGUGCAUUGUUUGGUUGACAACAGCAGCUCCAUUUGCAGAAUUCAAUAUGGCAGCAGAAAUAGGGAAAAUAGUGAUUGAGUGCAAUGAAGGCUCCAAGGUGUUAUUUUCAUGUGUCCUGGGGUAUAUGGGUUUGUUAGCUGCUAUUAGUCUUCUAGUUGCUUUUCUGGCGAGGAAGCUCCCUGACACAUUUAAUGAGACCAAGUUCAUUACAUUCAGUAUGUUGGUAUUUGCCAGUGUUUGGGUGACAUUUAUACCCGCUUACCUCAGUACUAAGGGUAAACAGACAGUGGCAGUAGAAAUCUUUGCCAUUCAAUCAUCAAGUGCUGGUUUUCUUGUUUGCAUUUUUUUGCCAAAAUGUUAUAUAAUAUUACUGCACCCGGGAAUGAACAGCAAAGAGUAUAUCACAAGAAGAAAUACUAGAAACCAGGAGAUAUGA